UUCUACACGAAGACACUGAAAACAAGUGCAAGGGAAAUGAAGGCAAUAGUGAUAACAACGCCGGGAGGGCCAGAAGUUCUGCAAUUGCAAGAAGUGGAUGACCCAGAAGUCAAAGACGAUGAAGUCCUGAUUAGGGUCCGAGCCACCGCUCUGAACCGGGCCGAUACUUUACAGAGGAAGGGCUCGUACGCACCGCCGAAGGGUGCGAGUCCUUAUCCGGGUCUGGAAUGUUCUGGAACCAUUGAGUCUGUCGGGAAGAACGUUUCUCGCUGGAAAGUUGGAGAUCAGGUGUGUGCUCUUCUCAGUGGAGGAGGAUAUGCAGAGAAAGUGGCAGUUCCUGCCGGACAAGUUCUUCCUAUCCCAGAUGGUGUUUCCCUGAAGGAUGCUGGUGGUUUACCUGAGGUUGCUUGCACUGUUUGGUCCACUGUUUUCAUGAUGAGUAGACUAUCUGCAGGAGAAACAUUCUUGGUUCAUGGGGGUUCUAGUGGAAUCGGUACAUUUGCUAUUCAGAUUGCCAAGUGCCAAGGGGCAAAAGUUUUAGUCACGGCAGGGAGUGAGGAAAAACUAGCUUUCUGCAAGAAUCUUGGAGCUGAUGUAUGUAUCAAUUACAAGACCGAAGACUUCAUUGCAAGGGUAAAGGAAGAAACUUGUGGGAAAGGUGUUGAUGUUAUUCUAGACUGUGUUGGAGCAGCCUACUUACAGCAGAACCUUGAUAGUUUGAAUUUUGAUGGAAGGCUAUGUAUAAUUGGCUUCCAAGGGGGAGCAGUUGCAGAAAUAAAGCUCAGUAGCUUGCUCCCGAAGAGGCUCACAGUGCAAGGGGCUGCGCUGCGACCAAGAAGUCCAGAAAAUAAAGCAAUGAUUGUGAAAGAAGUGGAAAAGAAUGUAUGGCCUGCAAUAGAAACCGGCAAGGUGAAGCCUAUAAUCUACAAGGAAUUUUCAUUAUCAGAAGCAGCAGAGGCUCAUCGACUGAUGGAAAGUAGCACACAUAUUGGUAAGAUACUGCUAGUUUGUGAGCAUUUGGUUCGAUCACAUCAUUGAUUGUUGGAUCCAUGGAUUACUUUCUGUAAUAACCAUUUGGAUAUAAUAAUACUAUCUGUAUAAAAUGGUGCUAAUGGAUAAUUUGAGAAUGUAAUAAGUUAUCUGCUCAUGUUUGAUUCAAAGUCAACGAGGAUUGGGGAA